AGCGGCGGGGCCCCGGCCAUGUCCGACUACCGCAUCUCGGUGGAGGAGCUGAACGACCUCCUGGCUAACGGGAGCGGCUGCUACAGCCUGCCCAGCGCGCACAGCAACGAGGUGGUGCCGCGCAUCCACGUGGGGAACGCGUUCAUAGCCAAGAACAUUAUGAGGCUGCAGCGUCUGGGAAUAACCCAUGUUCUGAAUGCAGCAGAGGGAAAGUCAUUCAUGCACGUGAACACUAAUGCAGAGUUCUAUGAAGGCACAGGCAUCAGAUACCAUGGCAUUAAAGCUAACGAUACACAAGAAUUUAACCUCAGCCGCUAUUUUGAGGAGGCAGCUGAUUUUAUUGAGAAAGCACUUUCCCAGAAGGAUGGACAAGUGUUUGUGCAUUGCCGUGAGGGCUACAGCCGUUCUCCUACACUGGUCAUCGCCUACCUCAUGCUUCGCCAGAAUAUGGAUGUCAAAACUGCACUGAGCACCGUCCGGCAGAAGCGAGAGAUUGGCCCCAAUGAUGGCUUUCUAAGGCAGCUUUGCCAGCUCAAUGAGCAGUUACUAAAGGAAGGCAAACUGAAGCCCUAGAACAGAGCACCGUAGUAUUUUCUGAAGUUUCUCGAACCAUCAGAGGAUGUCUUCGGUGCUUUAGAUUCCCAAACCCCAACCGCCAAGCUAAAGUCACAUAAUGUGAGGGAGACGGAAUUCCUGCUGUUGUCUAGUGAAAGUAUCUUUCUCGAAUGCUGGGUCUGUCUUUCAGGAUGGCACAAAACGGUGUCACUGGUCGGAGCUGGUGCAGUAAAGAGGUGUUUUUAGAGGGGUAACUCCAGUGGUACCAGCUGUCUUCACAUGUAUUUCAGAGCCCCCUGCAGACUCUGUAGCAUAUGUGGUUUGCGUUGACAUGGAGUGUGAUUCAUUUAAGCCUUGUCUUGUAUCCCACCAGAGCACCGUUUUCUGAGCCCCAACACGCUCUUCACUCACUCUUAAUUAAGUACUGUAUUUUCUAAAGUUUCGUUUUCAUGCACACAGGUGCCUAAAGUUUGAGUGUAGGAGCUUCAAGGAAUGGAGGAGCAUGUGUAAGAAACGCACAGAUGCACUCGCUUGUAAAAUGAAGUGUAUGCAGUGUUGUGUUCAAUGUGGAUUUAUGCAAUACCCAGUGUGUGGUAGUAAAGCAAUUCCGAGCCCAGUCCCGAUGCACACUAUUUCCAAGAAUAUUUGUACCUCUUGCUGUUGCGAUUGACAUGAAAUAGUCUGAUAUUAAGCGCUCUUUUAUUUUUGCUUUGAAAUCAUGCUAGAAAAAAAUGCAAAGAGCAAAUGUCGAGGAAAAAACUUGAGCAAGGAAGAAAUAAUGUCUGUAUUUAGGAGUGCUUGUACUGGAUGUAUGAUGAAGUCCUAAUUAUCGGAAUAUAAUGGCUCCUGAGGCUUGUACUGAAUUACAGCAUCUCUCUCUCUUCUUUGCCAUCGCUGUUCGUUGACAAUGGAGUGAGCACAUAUGCAGAUUACUUCCAGUAGGGCAACACAGAUGUGCUUAUAAAGCAGUUUGCAGAGUUACACUCUUGAUUUCUUGGAGUGCUUGCAUGGUACCAUUAAAUAGAAAUAAGCAUUGUUACGUGCCACGCUGAAUGGGAAACAUUUCCUUUCUAUUAAAAUAAAGGAUGUCUUGAUUCUGUUUGACAUACGGAUGAAAAGAGUCAUUGCAACGUUGCGAGUAUGCCUGGUUUAAUGUGUAGAUCUGUACCUGUAAAUUACAGCACUAUAUUAACACAGAGGAUCUCCCCCGGCAGACUCAGAAUUGUUGGCAAAACUAACAGAAUCUGAGAUGUACGUAUUCCCUUUUUAUCUGUGCUUUAAUGCGGUUCUGGAUUGAAAAUCUUAACACUACUUUGAACAGAAACACUGUUUUACUAGUAACACACGUAAGCCCAGAUCUGUGUGUUUAUAUUCAGUUCACUAAUCGAAAAUCACAAAGGACGUACGCUGUUGUACUUCUAGUUGGGGUUGUGUGUGUGUGUGUGCAUGUGUGUAGUUCUGUGUAGCUGGAUAAUUUUAUUGACAUGAGAGUCGGAGGUUAUUAUCCAGGUUGAAGACGGCUUGUUUCUGUUUCCUUGCACAGGAUGGGGACUGGCCACAUCAAGUAGCCUUUUCUCCUUUGUGUCCUUCGAAGGGACAACUGGGGGACAUUCUGCACAGGGUUUCCUUUCACCUCCCUCCAGUCAAUCAAUAUUUAGGGUUUGCUUUGAAUCAGGAUGGUUCCAGUAAUAAUGAGUAGAAGUCAAGCUCAUUGGUUAAUUACACUCCUGUUUCCUUUCUCCUAUUAUAUCAGUAUUAAAUUAAUUGCUUCUUCAAAAAUCCUGGUUACUGAUUUCAUGUUGUGGAGCUUGGGGAAUAGGAAUACUGGCCUUAUCUUUUCUGCUAUAUUUACUUUUUCAUGCUGCAACCUUAUUUAUAAAUCAUACCUUAAGAAUUUUUACUAUAAGCAUAGACCUUUUUUUCUAUCUCAUCUCACACCAUCUAUUCGCAACACCUAUCUGCACUACGAGAAAAAACCAAAAUAAUGGAAUUUAUGUGCAUGCACAAUACCUUUGACCUGUUACUUAGAAGUCAAAAAUUCCAGUCCAUUAAAGAGCUAAGAAACUUAGGGAUUAGAUUUUUGUUACUCUUCCAUAGAUUGUAAGAAGACUAAUAUUAAAACCAGAAUGGUUUAUUGAAAUUGAGUGUGUUGACCUUAUGGUGAUGUUUUUGGUUUUGUCAGAAAUACCGACAAAUCAAGACGUACAGGAAUUUGUUCUUAUAUUCAAGAUGUUCUUUUAGUUCGCAGGACACUGCUCACUUCUAGUGGUAACCUCAGGGGUACUCUGGCCCAUUUCUCUCGGUAUAACGAAACUGAUUUAACAAACAUUUUGUAAUAUGAGGGUGGAGAGGAAAAAAUAAGACCAUGCUAGAAACUGAUCUUCAGACUUGCGCUCUGAGACGGUAUAUCCUAUUUUGAGUUACCGAUAGGUGACUGAGUAAUGAAACCAUUUCUAGCUGUGCUUUUAGAGGAGGCUAAAAAUAGUUUGAAUGUCAGACCAGUGCUCCCUUAAUGGAUCACACCCUUCCCCUUUCAGUCUUAUCUUGCUGUUUAAGUACAGUAACGUUGUAAAUUCCUCUGCCUGUUUUAGCUGGCCAAGAAGAGCUUGUACGCCUCUAAUCCGUAAUGAUAUGCUCUAUACUUCGAAAUUUCUCUUUCUGAUUGUAGAAGGAAAGAUUGUAUAAAACCAGGAACGAGAGCUUUCUUUCCAUGUAAUAUGAAAUUGAGAAAGUACUGGAAGAAAUACACCUUUUUAUUCAUCUGAAAUCACUGCACACCUGCUGUGAGAUGCACCUUACGAGCUUUCUAAUGGGGAAAGGUAUUCUUUAAAACAACUAUUUCUUGCAAAUAGCAAUGCUACAUUUUUGGAGUUCAGACAUCUUGCUUAUGGCUAGUGUGAUGUGGAUUUACAUUAAUACGUUUAUCCUGAAUAGUGUGGUACAUUCAGUGUAGAAAACACUCUGCAGAAGGGAUGGGGUCUCUAAAAUGCACAUCUAUUAUAGAACAAAGAUACCUACCCUGUCAAAUCCAGCAGAAUUAGUGAAGUUGGAGGGGAGGGGAAGAGUGGAGGUGAGAAGCUGUUAGCAUUUCAUAGCAAGGAACAAAGACGAAAGGCCAGACAGAGAAACUGAUGCUACGUGUAAAACUAAAUACACCAUCUACUCAUGCUGAACUAAAUAUUUCUCAGCCAUUGCAUAAGCACAGGAGAUAAGUUUGUAACUAAAAAUUUAGAUUCAAAGCAAAAAUCACAUUUUCUAAGCGCUUGCUUCAUCCCUGGGUCCUGCAGCUGCGACUACGAUGUGGACAAGCGUUGUACCUAGCAUGCUACUCUGAACCGUAGGUACUGCCAGAAAAUACUUUGUGAGAGAACGUUGCAAUAUGUCACUGCUGAAAAGUGAGCAUGUCAUGAAGUUAUUUCAAACUUAGAAUUAAUAGCAUUCAAAUGCAGGACUAUUAGCCACAGUAUGUUGUAUUGUAAUUCCAUUUUCGGUUGUUGAGCCUGUGUUAGUAUUGGGCAUGUUCUUUUACAACAUGAGUAUGGCUGACUUACCUCUCUUGGUGAUGUGAGAAUUAAUUAAAUCUUCGUAAAAGGCCUUGGAGAUGAAAAGCACUGUGUGUAAGAACACUAAUGCUCUCUGAGUUGAAAAACAAAUUUGUGUCAAAUAGAUCUUCCUCCUGCUGAACAAAGGAGAACAUCAGAAAGGGUAUUUGCAAUCUUUGUUUUUAUCAUUUAAAUGUUUUCAUUGAGCUGUCUUCUGUUGUCCAGAACUAAUUAGAUCUGUGAUGUUAGAACUAGAAGCAGGAUUUUUUUCCCCUUCUUGUUUUAAAUUAGCUUUGCUGGUUUACUAUCAUGUUUUUAGCACACAGGCAGUAUCUAAUGGAAUCUCAGUAUAGCACAGAAGUUUCUUCUAAAAUUACUUGCUGGGCUUUGCCAAUGAAUAAAACUGAAAAUAGAACAGGCCUGGGAGGUAUCUUCUAAGGAUUUGUUCGUGAGAAUUAAUUCAUUUCUUCUGUUCUGCAAAUAAAUCAUGGAAAUCAA